AGGCGAGCUGAAACUCGGCCGCCCCGAGGGCGGGUCCGGGCGUGGUGAAGGUUGCGCCCGGGUCUGCCUGUCGGUGGGUCGGUGCACUCCCUCCUGGACGGCUCCCCGCCUUCUCUGCCGAGCUCUGGGUGCCUGGCGCUGUCCUCCCGGCCGCCCUUAGCAUCUCCCCGGCCUGCUGAAAAUGACUGAAUAUAAGCUUGUGGUAGUUGGAGCUGGUGGUGUAGGCAAGAGUGCCUUGACAAUACAGCUAAUUCAGAAUCACUUUGUAGAUGAGUAUGAUCCUACGAUAGAGGAUUCCUACAGGAAACAAGUAGUAAUUGAUGGAGAGACCUGUCUCUUGGAUAUUCUCGACACAGCAGGUCAAGAGGAAUACAGUGCAAUGAGGGACCAGUACAUGAGGACUGGGGAGGGCUUUCUAUGUGUAUUUGCCAUAAAUAAUACUAAAUCAUUUGAAGAUAUUCACCAUUAUAGAGAACAAAUAAAAAGAGUUAAAGAUUCUGAAGAUGUACCCAUGGUUCUUGUAGGAAAUAAAUGUGAUUUACCUUCCAGAACAGUAGAUACAAAACAAGCUCAGGACUUAGCAAGAAGUUAUGGAAUUCCUUUCAUUGAAACAUCAGCAAAAACAAGACAGAGAGUGGAGGAUGCUUUUUAUACAUUGGUGAGAGAGAUUCGGCAAUACAGAUUGAAAAAAAUCACCAAAGAAGAAAAGACUCCUGGCUGUGUGAAAAUUAAAAAAUGCAUUGUAAUGGGUGUUGAUGAUGCCUUCUACACAUUAGUUCGUGAAAUUCGAAAACAUAAAGAAAAGAUGAGCAAAGAUGGUAAAAAGAAGAAAAAGAAGUCAAAGACAAAGUGUAUAAUUAUGUAAAUAAAAUUUGUACUUUUUUCUCAAAGCAUACUUAAGAUAAUUUUUUGUACAUUAUACUAAAUUAUUAGCA